AUGACUUUGACGAUGCUAAGCGAUGGCGAGGAUGAAGCUGACUUGGGCUGUGAUGAGGAGGAAACUACUGAUGCCAACAAUGAUGAUGCUGACGUGGGCUGUAAGGAGGAGGAACUUUCUGGUGUCUCCAACGAUGACGAGGGUGAUUCUGACGUGGACUGUGAUAAGGAAAAAACUACUGAUGCCACCAAUGAUGACGAGGAUGAUGCUGACUUGGGCUGUGUUGAGGAGGGAACUACUGAUGUCAUCAAUGAUGAUGCUGACAUGGGCUGUAAUGAGGAGGAAGUUUCUGAUGUCUCCAACGAUGGCGAGGAUGAUUCCGACACAAGCUCUAAUGAGGAGAGAACUUCAUAUGUCAUCUGUGAUGACUUUGACGAUGCUAAGGUAGGUGGUGCUGAGAAAGAAACUGUUGGUGCAACCAAUGAUGACGAGGAUGAUGCUGACGUGGGCUCUAAUAAGGAGGAAACUUCUGAUGUCUCCAGCGAUGGCGAGGAUGAAGCUGACUUGGGCUGUGAUGAGGAGGAAACUACUGAUGCCAACAAUGAUGAAGCUGACUUGGGCUGUGAUGAGGAGGAAACUACUGAUUCCACCAAUGAUGACGAGGAUGGUGCUGACUUGGGCUGUGAUGAGGAGGAAACUACUGAUGCUACCAAUGAUGACGAGGAUGAUUCUGACGUGGGCUCUAAUAAGGAGGAAACUUCUGAUGUCUCCAACGAUGACGAGGAUGAUGCUGACGUGGGAUGUGAUGAGGAGGAAGUUUCUGAUGUCUCCAACGAUGGCGAGGAUGAUUCCGACACAAGCUCUAAUGAGGAGAGAACUUCAUAA